AUGGCGACUCCAAGCUUGAAAAACAAACCCCUCCAAACAGUCUCUGACCAGGAACCCCUCCGUGGAAAUGACAACGAAGGACAAGAAUACGAAGAGCUCGCCCUGGAGGCAAAAGUCCGGUGGAAAGUCGAUUUACGUCUAUGUAGCAUUGCCAGUCUGCUGUGUAGCCUGAAUCUCUUAGAUUCGGGCAUUUUAUCCUCGGCGGCAGUAACAACAAUGCUAAGCGAUCUCCAAUUAAACCAGGGUUCCCGGUACUCGGUGUCCAUAUUCAUCUUCACCAUUGCCAGCGUCGCCUUCCAGCUACCCUGCACGAUAGCCGUGCGCUUCGUCGGUCCCCGAGUCUGGUUCGCGACCAUCACAUUCAUCUUCGGACUACUGACACUGUGUACCGCCUUUAUUCAUACCUGGCACGAGAUGAUCGCCCUGCGUAUCCUACUGGGCAUCGCCAUGUCCGGCAUCUAUCCCGGCCUAACUUAUCUCAUUAGCGCCUGGUAUCCGCGGCGCGAGCAACAGCUCCGAUUCGCCUUCUUGCAGUCUGGAGAAGUCAUAGGACUGGCCACGGGCAAUAUUGUCAAUUUCGGUCUCAACCACUUGGAUGGUAAAGCCGGUUUGGCUGGCUGGCGCUGGAUGUAUCUGGUCCAGGGGCUGGUUGCCUGUGUGCUAGGUAUAGCCACGUACUGGUGGAUGGUGGAUUUUCCCGAAAAUUCCGCGCGGAGCUUUCGCUUUUUGUCGGAGCGGGAGGCGCAUGUCGCGGCGCAAAGAAUCCAGGAUGAUCGAGCUGAUUUGGUUCCUGAACCGUUUUCGUGGGGCGCCGUGCUUGGGAAUUUCAAGGAUGUCAAGAUCUAUGGCUUUGCUUGCAUGUUCUUUCUUCUCAACUUGGUUUCGACUGCUCUUUCAUACUUUCUUCCUAUCAUUCUGGAAACGGGCAUGGGCUUUAGCUCUGACAAGUCGAUUCUGCUCUCCACACCGCCAUACUACUAUGCUGUGAUACCGGUGCUGCUCACAUCAUUGGCGGGUGACUUCUAUCGCAAGCGUGGACCGUUCAUCGUAUUCAAUGCUCUUUGCUUGAUAGUGGGCUUCUUGAUGCUUGGGCUACCCCAAUCGACUCAAGUCACCGUGCGCUACAUUGGCAUCUUUCUAGCCACGGGGGCAUAUAUCUCGAAUUGGGCUGCGCUCAAUGCUUUCCAGGCAAACAACGUUGCCGGCCAGUGGAAACGUGCAACUACAUCAGCUGCUGUCACUGCCUUCAAUGGAUUGGGCGGGGUUGCAGGUAGCUAUAUUGUGCGGUCACAGGAGGCUCCGAAGUACCAGACAGCAGUGUGGGUGUCUAUCGGAUCUCAUAUAAUUAUGAUUCUGCUGGUUGCGGCGUUUACCAUUUACUUCCAUGUUGCGAAUCGGCAACAGGCUAAGGGGUUGAGAUUAAUCGAGGGCGUGCCUGGUUUCAGAUACACCUAUUAA